GUACUAUCUCCGGUAUGUACUACGGAUUUCUCUGUCCUUAAUCUUAUCCCUCAAUCUUAUUAUCCCUCAAUCGUGUAACUUCCGCAUCCGCGCCCAGGUCCUGAGGGCUCACCUAUUAUAAGAGCCGCACAGACGAUGGGGCCUUGGUAGCCUUUGGCAAGUGAUCGCCCCCUCAAGGAAACUCAGUCUAUGACUCGAUACGGAAAGUGUCCUCGAUUGUCUGAAUAAUGGCAUCAUUUAGAUCUAAACUCAAUGUUCAUUACUCCACGAACAUAUUCUGUUUCGCAAACACUAGAUCAGGGUGUCGUCUCUGCCAACAGCACAAGUACUCUCGAAUUUCAUACACUUCAGGGGUGGCGUGUUUCUGGCCGUGCUCAGAAUAGGACUGGUGAAAUGCUCUUAGUUCACCAGGCUGGCAGUGUUCGUGUGGGCGAGGUAGCCCGAUACACAUUAACAUAUACACCAGCGAUGGAUAAUAUCCGUCCACCCCUGGAGAAACUAUACGUCAAGAUUAAGAACACGACCCCCAUCCCAUUGAGAGCUGCGUAUCUUCACGGCCCAUAUUCCUUCUACGCCUCAUGCUACCCAUCCACAUUCGAUCCUAAUGUCCGAGCUGUUCAUGACAACUCUGAAGCAAACCCACAGUAUGAACCCUACCUCAAAGCAGGAGGUACUUGGUAUGCCACUAUACCCCUACCGCAUCAUUCGCCACGAUUCCGAAGGGAGCUCAGUAGAGGGGAAGUGUCGGAAAAUGAUCGGAGUGUUACCUGGAUCAUCGAGAUCAUCUCACAGGUGGUGUUCUCCAGCACCGCAUCCGUCAGCUUCGAGCUCUCAGUCGGCCGUGAUGAGGUGUCGGUGGAUCUCUUGUCCACAGCUAGCAGUUCCUUGGUCGGCAGAUCAAGACCUGCUCAAUUGAAGGAUCAUUGGUCACCUGAGUCAAAGGGCAGGCAAGUUCUGGCGGAGAAGGGCGUCUAUUCUCGAGCGAUUGCGCUGCGAGUUGAUGAUACAGCCAGUCUUUGGAACACACCACCACUCCCCUCGUUUGACCACAGGAGAGGAGAAGAAGAGAAUGGUGAAUCUAUCAGAGAUGCGGUCGCCGCGGAAUCGAAACAGGUUCAUCUUGUUGUGUUGACUCAUGGUUUGCACAGCAAUUUAGGUGCGGAUAUGCUUUUCCUCAAAGAGAGUAUCGAUGCUGCUGUCACGACAACCAAGUCAACAGCUGAGGGUAAUUCCUCAAGUGGUGGCGCAAGCCAACGCGUAGAGCGACUCUCGCCAGACUUAUGCGGGGAAGGUGAACAAGUUAUAGUAAGAGGAUUCGCUGGAAAUGCAGUCCGCACAGAGCGUGGUAUACAAUACCUUGGCAAGCGUCUCGCGAAGUACGUUCUUCAGAUGGCGCAUAUGGAUCCUUCGAAUCGUGCAACAAAAACGGCAUCUCGCACCGAACAGUUCCCUCAUCGCAACCAGCCCGCCGAGACAAUAUCAGAUCCUUCUCACCCUUCUUGCGUAAAGACGUCUCAGUCAGCUUGCGAAGCUUGCGCUUACCAGAUAACCAGCAUAAGCUUCAUAGGGCACUCGCUCGGGGGACUUGUUCAAACAUAUGCCAUUGCAUAUAUUCAAAAGCACUUCCCCACUUUUUUCAACGAAAUAAAACCGAUCAAUUUUGUAACUCUGGCGACGCCUUUUCUGGGUCUCAGCAACGAAAAUCCCAUCUAUGUUCGAUUUGCUUUGGAUUUAGGUCUCGUUGGUCGGACUGGGCAAGAUCUUGGUCUCACUUGGACAGCGCCUAAAGUUCGGAGCGGCUGGGAGGCUCUGAUUGGCGGAAGAGGGGAUUCUAGUCAGUCGCAAGGAUACGCUGACGCUCGGUCGAAACCACUUCUAAGAAUUCUUCCUUGUGGGCCUGCGCAUGAAGCUCUUGCAAAAUUCCAACGUCGCACGCUAUAUGCUAACGUGGUUAAUGAUGGAAUCGUGCCUUUGCGGACGUCCUGCCUCCUUUUUCUCGAUUGGCGAGGUCUUGAAAGGGUCGAGAAAGCAAGAAGGGAAAACGGUCUCGUGGGCACAAUGGCCGAAUGGGGUUGGGCGGAGUUGACCGGGGCUAAUUCGAAAUCUCCUCGGUCUCGGACAAAUGCCGAAGAACUGGCUGAUGAUGGUGAGGCUCUAAACGACUCCAAGCCAGCUUGGCAUGUGCAGGCGAAUUCUUCGUCAGAAAUCAACAGCAACACCGCUGAUGAUCCUGGUUCGCCGUCGACCAGUCAGUCCGCAAAUAGGCGUCCAUGCCUUCCUGCCUUAGAUACAAUUGAAGGUCCCAUGGAAGGAAAGUCUCUGGCCGAAUUGCAUUCUCCUAGUCCUUUAACCAGGUUAUUCUCGUUCAUUCGCCCAAAGGAGAUAGACGGACCGUCUGCGAGGCGAAGGCACGAUAAGAUAUAUAAGCGCAGUCAGACAAUCGCAACGCCCGAGGAAGUGUCACGCAACCACCUAAUUCAUGCUACCCAUUCUCAGGAAACGUUUGCGAGGGGCCAGGCCCACGAAUACGAGCCUUUUUCUCCCCCUAAAACAACUUUUUUCGAGUCGGCAAGUGAUCUCCUCAUGCCCCCUUUGCCUCCACUUGAAUUUAUUCUCGAUCCUGCGUCGAGACCUAGGACCAUAUUUCAUGAUCGCAUAUAUCAUCCCAGUGAUAUACCACCCCCAGUGGCUGCUAAGCGACGAACAUUUACACUCGGCCCCUCGCAGAGAAGGUCGACAAAUCUCGCGCCAGAAUCUUUGGAACAUACCUCACACAGAAUGCGUGAUAAUAUUAGCGAAGCCCAGAGUGGCCUUCGAGUUGAAGAGAAGAUAGCCAGGGCUUAUCAUCGAGAUUUAUCUUGGCGCAAGGUCCUUGUACGUCUUGAGCCCGAUGCACAUAAUAAUAUCAUCGUGCGGAGAAUGUUCACCAAUGCGCACGGUUGGCCUGUUGUGCAGCACCUUGUCGAAACCCACUUUAGACAUAUAGAACCACUUCAGGCGGGCCGGUUGAGGUCCGGGAGUCACCCAAACCAAGCCUGUUUUGAGGAGGUUUCUCACGAAGCUUGA